AUGGGAGGGGUGUGUUUGGCAUGGAGAGUGUGUGGGCAGCUGUGUGUGAGCCUGUGUGGUCUGUGUGUGUUCUUGUGUGAAUACAUGUGUGUGCUCCUGCAUGGACACAGUAUGCCACAGCAAGGCAGAGAGAAAUCGGGGGACUAGGGACACAUUGCUGAGUCAUAAUAUCUUUCUACUUGGCAGGACUUGUGGUGCUCAAGGGCACGCAUGAAUACUUGCAAAAGCAGUUCAAAGAGUAGAGAGUUGGAGCCAGAAUAAAUACAUUGCAGAAAGACAGCCAUCAGGGAGGAAAGUGAGGACUCCCUGCCAAAGUGCCUGAGGGCCUCCCUGCCUACCAGCCCUCUGUGUUCUUAAGUCCUCCUGUGUGAACAGAGGCCAGACUCUGGGUUCCCCCACAUCCUUUCUGUGUCUGUCCUCUGCAAAGGCAUGUGGCUCUACCUGGCAGUUUUUGUGGGCCUGUACUACCUUCUGUGCUGGUACCGGGAGAGGCAGGUGGUGAGUCACCUGAGAGACAAGUGCGUGUUGAUCACGGGCUGUGACUCGGGCUUCGGGAACCUACUGGCAAGACAGCUGGAUGAACGAGGCCUGCACGUGCUGGCUGCGUGUCUGACGGAGAAAGGAGCGGAGCAACUGAGGCGCCAGACAUCUGACAGGCUGGAGACGGUGACCCUGGACGUCACCAAGACAGAGAGCGUUGCUGCAGCCGCCCAGUGGGUGAAGGAGCGCGUGGGGAACAGAGGACUCUGGGACUUGGUGAAUAAUGCUGGUAUUACCUUGCCCAUCGCCCCCAAUGAGUGGCUGACCAAGCAGUACUUUGUGACCAUACUGGACGUGAACUUGUUGGGGUUAAUUGAUGUGACUCUGAACCUGCUGCCCUUAGUGAGGAAGGCCAGGGGCCAUGUGGUCAAUGUCUCAAGUGUCUUGGGCCGGAUAUCACUUUUCAGUGGAGGCUACAGCAUCUCCAAGUACGGCAUAGAAGCCUUCUCCAACUCCCUCAGGAGGGAGCUCUCCUACUUUGGGGUGAAGGUGGCUGUGAUUGAGCCUGGCUCUUUCAAGACUGCUAUAGUCAGUAAGGAUAGAAUCUUUAAGAGCUUCCUGGAUACUUGGGACCAGGCCAGGCCAGAGGUCAAGCAGAUAUAUGGCAAGAAGUUCCUUACAUCCUAUAAGGAGUCAACUGAACAAUCAGUGUGUAAGUGCACACAGGAUCUGUCCUUGGUGACCAACUGCAUAGAGCAUGCGCUGACUGCCUGCCACCCCCGCACUCGCUACUCAGCUGGCUGGGAUGCCAAACUUUUCUACCUUCCCCUGAGCUACAUGCCUACCUUCUUGGUGGAUGCCAUUAUCUACUGGAGUUCUCCAAGGCCUGCCAAGGCUCUGUGAAGCCAGGACUUGGGUGCAUGGUUGCAUGGAUUUGGGGUGUGCUCUGAGGGGUGAUGUAUCAUGGAGAAAGAAAGAAAGUUCUCAGGUCAGUAGGACACCAAUCCCACCUUCUUCUUGAUCUCCUGGCCAUAAUUCUCCUGGGAAAGGAUUCCUCUCUCUGGAGAUGUUGGUGGGAAAGUUUCAGGUUAUGCAACUGAGAAACAGGGACCAAAGAGUGCUCCUGAGGGCAUUGUCACCUUGGGUGGCCACUCAAGGCUGCAAGCUUCUGGGGCAAGUGUGAGCAUGUGGAAGGAGCCUCAGCCCAUGCCGUUACCUACUGCUUCCUUCUCAGGCUGUGUGUUAAUUCUGGGCCAGUCUAUACCCUCCCAUGGGGUGGAAAUGGACUGAAGGAUGUGAGAGCAACUCUCCUCUGAAGAUCCCUGUACACAAGGCGUUGGGACUGGGAGUGCAGCCAUUAUGCAGCCCCAUAGGCCUCAGGAGUCAUCCCAGCAGCAGUGGCUUGCAGGUGGUGUCCUCAGUAGGGAUCUGUGCAGAGGACAAAUAAACCAGUUUUCUAUUUGUCUUGAAA